UGUUGCUGCUACUGCUGCUGUCAAAAGUUCACGAGUCGAUUUUUUAUCUCUCCUAUUGUAUCAUAUCCUAUCCGUUUCCCCGCAACUCUUAUAAAUUUUAAAUUAUUAUCAUUAAAAUUAAAAUUGAAAUUCAAAUUUAAAUUAAUAAGCGGUAAUUAAAUAACAGUAAUAAUAAAUUUUGAUCUUCAUCUUACUCUGAAUCUCGUGAGUGUCAAAGGAGAGUUUAAAUUUAAAAAUCCAUCUUACACCCGUCGUACUCGUGGACGGCUCGCGAGUAAUAGGGGGUGACUUUUUACUUAAAUAUUUAAAUGGAUAAAUUAAUCACUGAGUGGGGAAACGGUGCGAGGAGUUUUAGUUUAUUGUAAAACUGUUCGGUAGUGAGUUAUAUUUUAUUUAUAUUUAUACUAUUGAUAUUAUUUUUUAUACAUUACCCCCAGUUUAAUUAAUAAUAAAUAAAUAAAUAAUUGUAAGUAAGUACAAUUAAACUCGGGAGAUUAUUUGAGCGAUUGGUGACAGAGAGAAAAACGUCGAGGGGCUGUGCCGGUCCGGAGUUUCCUCUGAAUUAUCGAUCAAAUACAACACACUAACCACCGAGUUUAAAACUACCCCUUAUAUUUUAAUAAAUAUAACAAAUUACCAAUUAAUAUAAUAAUAAUAAUAUUUAUUAUUAAAUAAUUAAAUAUUUAAACAAGUGCAGUGUGUGCUAACGUGCAAAUGUAUCGCGUAUUUAAAUAUUGACGUGACAUUUAUUUGAAUCGGGGGUUUCGCGGACCAAUCCAACUUGCCAAUGAUUUUAUCAAAUCAAUAAAACAUAAGGGUGACUAAAUGAUUAUUUGAAGAAGUUUUUCUGUGAAUCAGGUGCACGACAUAUAUAUUGAUACAUAUAUAUUCGUAUAUAUUGAAUAGGGUAGUAAGAAGUACGGGUGUAACAGGGGUAGGAAGAAAAGAGAAGGAGAGACGUCACGUAGGUGCCGUAGGAGUACGUAGUGGCGGGGGCUCUGCCGUCCCGCGAUAGGGGUGAAAAUAAAAAGAGACGGGGGUGGCGUUUGUGAAAGCAACGUGUAGUAAAAUGGGCUGUGCCAUGUCUGCGGAAGAGCGGGCCGCUUUGGCCCGCAGCAAACAGAUCGAAAAAAAUCUUAAGGAAGAUGGAUUGCAAGCUGCCAAGGACAUCAAACUUCUACUUCUUGGAGCUGGAGAGUCUGGGAAAAGUACGAUCGUGAAACAGAUGAAAAUCAUUCACGAGAGUGGAUUUACACCGGAAGACUUUAAGCAGUACAGGCCUGUUGUGUACAGCAAUACGAUACAAUCAUUAGUUGCUAUUUUAAGAGCAAUGCCAAAUUUGGAAAUUAAUUUUUCAUCAAAUGAACGACAGACUGAUGGUAAAAUGGUAUUUGACGUCAUCCAGCGAAUGGAAGACACAGAACCAUUUAGUGAAGAAUUAUUAGCGGCUAUGAAGAGGCUGUGGGCUGAUGCCGGUGUGCAAGAAUGUUUUGGAAGAAGUAAUGAGUACCAAUUGAACGAUUCUGCUAAAUACUUCUUGGACGACUUAGAUCGAUUAGGAGCCAAAGACUAUCAGCCAACGGAGCAAGAUAUUUUGAGGACCCGAGUCAAAACAACGGGAAUCGUUGAAGUACACUUUUCUUUCAAGAACCUCAACUUUAAAUUAUUUGAUGUGGGCGGUCAGCGAAGUGAGCGUAAAAAAUGGAUACACUGCUUUGAAGACGUCACGGCAAUUAUCUUCUGUGUGGCAAUGUCUGAAUAUGAUCAAGUUUUACAUGAAGAUGAGACUACGAAUCGGAUGCAAGAGAGUCUUAAAUUAUUCGACUCAAUAUGCAACAACAAAUGGUUCACGGACACUUCGAUUAUUUUAUUUUUGAAUAAAAAAGAUUUGUUUGAAGAAAAGAUUCGUAAGUCAUCGCUUACUAUCUGCUUCCCCGAAUACAACGGAGCUCAAGAGUACAGUGAAGCUGCGGCGUACAUUCAGGCGCAAUUUGAAGCGAAAAAUAAGUCGACCACAAAGGAGAUCUACUGCCACAUGACCUGCGCUACGGACACAAACAACAUUCAAUUUGUGUUUGACGCAGUAACAGACGUAAUUAUCGCCAAUAAUCUUCGUGGUUGCGGUCUUUAUUAGAAAUUUAUUAUAAUUAUUAUAAUUACUAUAACUAUUAUUAUUAAUAAUAAUAAUGAACUAUUACUAUCACAACUAUUAUUUGGUAAUAAAACAGUAAGCGCGAGAAAAAUACAGACGUAUGUUUUUUAAAAAAAGAAAACAUCGAUCGUCUAGCAGCUACGGUUUAUCUGCGUGCUAAUCGAUUAAUUGUCAUCACGCGAGUAAUUAAUUUAAUUACUUGCAAUCAGUAUCGCACGUGUAACUCGUGCUUCUAAUUCUCAGUAAAUAAAAAUAAAUAAUGAUAUUAACAAUAAAGAAAUGAAAUAAAAAAAAAAAGAUUUAACAAGGACUUAAAAUGCUUUAAAUUAAAAUUUUUAUUUAUAUUUUUAUUUUAUAAAAAUAAAACAUACAGGACAAUCGCAUUAAAUAUUUUAUUUAUCGAAGCCGAGUUUUACCGUUGCUUUGUACGGAAUAAAUAAAAUAAAUAAAAUUUAUUUAUUUAAUUAAUAAUAAUAAUAAUAAACACGCCUUGAUCCAAUCGUGAUGGAUAAGUUUGUUAUCCGCGUCGAACAAACGCUAAUUAAUUAAUACAAAGGGCACACCGACAUCGGGUUAUAUUUAUUUAUCUCUUGUCAUUUACUAUUUUUAUUUUUAUGUAUUUAUAUUGACGCUUUGUUCUAUUUCUUAAUUAUUUCUAAUAAUAAAACAGAAAAUUGUAUGCUGAAGGAUAAAACCACACGAUUUUAUAAGCGAGGUUAGCUUGAGCCGAAGGCGACUGCUGCCACCGAAUUUGAAUUUGUGUUUUAUUGCGCGCCACAUGACUCAAAAAUUUUUAGUUAAAUAUUUAACAUAUGUGUGUAAAUUUAACACAAUAUUGUGGUAAAAUUAGUGGGUAAUUUUUGUGGCAGAAUUUGAAUGGAUGAAAAAUUUGAGGUUAGAUUCUAGAAAAUUAACACUGGUCAGUAUCACACAUAAAAAAAAAUUGCUGACCGAUUUUACACGCGAGUUUUGUUGAUUUUUACACAAAUUUUUUAUUCUCUGUAUUUUUUAAAAUAAUUACUUGCAAUCAAACAUCUAGAGUCGGUUAAAAGAAAAAAUUUCAGACCGAUAGCGCAUUUUCCCAUUGAAAAUUACGAUUGAACCCCUUUGAAAUUUUUUUAUGAUUUCAGUCGGUUUCAAUCCAAGUUUUUAAUUAAGAAUACUAAUUAUAAUUAUAAUUGUUCUAAGGUUUGUAAAAAAAUUUAAUUUUCACGAGACCGAAAUGAAAGAAUUUAAUUAAGCGACAGAAAUUUGAUGUUUUCUACCCUGGGGAUGAAAUUUUCGGUGAGAAUUUGGUUAAAUAGGCAUUGAAACUCCAAUUUCAGUGCUGAAUACACAAAAAAAAGUACAGAUUUUUGUUUUACUAUUUAUUUAUGCAAUUAACGCACACAAUGCACAAAUUUUUUUCUAGUAAAUUUAAUUGAUUGAUUAUUAAUUGAAUACUAAUAAUUAUUUUUUUGAAUUCACGUGAUAAAAGAAUGAAAAAAAAACGUGCCAAUGAGCAUGAAAUUAUUAUUAUUAUUAUAUUGAAUUAUAUUGAGUAAUAAAAGGCUUCAUUAAAUUUAUUUAAAACUAAAUUAAAUUAAUUGAAUAAACGUACAAAUAAUAAACUCGAAUGUCGGUUAAAUUUAUGGUUGAAAAGCACAAUUAUAAAAAUGCACUAACUUAAAUUAUUAAAACGGAAACGAACUGAAUUAUACUGAGUACUAAGUGCGGGCUAAAGUUUAAUAAAAUUAUAAAUUUAAUUUGUUAAUUAAUUAAAUAAUUAAUUACAUUGAUUUAUUAUUUUAUUUAAAAAUUUGAAUAGAAAAAACUGCCACGCUUGCCGAUUUACCGAAAUUAUGACCACUAAGGUAUCUCGAAAAAAAUAAGUAAUUUAAAAACAAUAAGCCUGCAUUUCAAUGGAAGAUUUUGAUCCAUGCCUUUGUCUAAUUAUAAUGGAUCUUUAAUUAAAAUAAUUAAAAAUUAAACUAAUGAAUAGACGCGUAAACGUCGCGGAUAAAAUGGUGGGUAAAAAAAUUAAAAUAAUAAAAUAUGGAUUUUAAGGAAUACCAAAAAAAUAUCAGACAGGAAAAAAAACUACGUUGUUUCCAAAUAAUAAUAAUAAUUAUAACAGGCGAAGUAUAAAAAUAUAUUUGUAAGAAUCUACCGAUCAUUGCGUUAUUUACUUAUAUAUAAAUAUAUAUAAAUAUAUAAAUAUAUAAUUAAUUGAUUAAUUAAUAUUAAAAAAAAAAAAAUUGAGUAAGUGAUGUCUCUGUAUACAUGAGAAAAAAUAUAUUAUUAAUUACACUAGUUUAAAUUGUAAAAUGUAUGAGUGGUUAUUUAAGUGUGAGAUGUAAAUGUGCCAUCAUUUGCUAGAUCGGUGGAGAAGAACUUUAAAUAAUUAUUAUUAUUAGACAAUUAUUUAAAAAAUUGCGGUCGCGAGUCGUAAGUCGUAAGUCUGCUGAAUCGUCGAUUUAUCCCGCGCUUUUUUUAAAUUUAAAUUUAAUGGAGACCUGAAGGUUGCGAAUUAAAUAAAAAUUUUAAUAAUAAGUUUUUUAUUUAUAAAUUCUUGAGGGUGUUCUAUAAUUAAGCCUUGGAAUUUUUUUUUAAAUUAAUAAGCGACCUUUGGGGUUUAUUAAUAUAAAUAUAAAUAUAUAUGAGGUUUUGAGAUUUACGUUACGCCAAUGCUUACAAUUUCUAUCUAGUCUAACUAUUUUUUUUUUUUUUUGCAAGUUACCAUUCUACUGAAAUAAUUGUGACAUUAAUUUUUAAUUUAUUAAAUAAAUUAAUAUCAGUUACCGUUAGUUUUAUUUUUAAAUUGCAAUUGCAGACAAAUAUUUUUACUAAAAAAAAUUUAUAGAGCAUUUAAUAUACGCAUUAAGUUUAUUAUUAUUAAUAUUAAUGUCUGAGAAGUUGAUGAUCAUGAGUGCGAAUGUAGCAGACAGACAAAUUUACAAUUAUUAAUAAAUAGAGUAAAUAAUUAAAAAAAUAAAAUUUAAAAAAAAUGCACAUUUACAAAAUUUGAAAAUUAAUAAGUGCGUUUUUUUAAAAAUAUUUUUUUUCUAAUUAUUUAUAAUUUUAAAUUUGUCUAAUGUCUGCUAUAUUUAAUGAGUGCGAAUAUAGCAUCAGACAAAUUUAUGAUUAUUGAUAAAUAGACUAAAUAAUUAAUAAAAUAAAAUUUUGAAAAAAUGCACAUUUACCAAAUUUAAAAAUCAAUAAGUGCAUUUUUUGUAAAUUUUAUUUUUUUAAUUAUUUACACUAGUUAUUUAUAAUUUUAAAUUUGUCUAAAACAUUCAUUGAUGAUUUUCGUGCCAUAGGUCACAAAUUUUUAAUAAAUAAUUUAAAAUAUUAAAUUAAAUUUUUUUUAAAUUUCGAGUAUAAGAAUUUUCUUGUCCCAAAAUAGGGUCACAACUUUUUUUACUUGAGUUGUCAAAAAAAAAAAUGCAUUUCACUACAAACAUUCUUAAAAAAAAUGAGUAUGACAGUAGCAGACAGACAAAAUUUAAAUAAUUAAUUAAUAGAGUAAGUAAUUAAUAGAAUGAAAUUUUAAAAAAAUGCACAUUUAUAAAAUUAAAAAAUUAACAAGUGCAUUUUUUGUAAAUAUUUUUUUUUUAAUUAUUUACUUUAUUUAUUUAUAAUUUUAAAUUAAUCUGAUGUCUGCUACACUCACUCUCAUAAAAAAAAGUUUAAUUUAAAUAUAUAUAUUUUUUGAAUCUAAAAACUUAGUAUUAUUAAUUUUAAUUGUUAAUUAUAAUUGUCAUAUAUGAAAAUAACUUUUGACACUUUAACAAAAUAAAUAUUAAUCAAUAAUAAUUAUUUUUUAUUAUUUAAAAUAAUUGUCAUAUUUCGUGUUUCUAGUCACAUUAAAUUGUUAUUACGACACGCAUACCAUUAACGCACACGCCUUUUUUUAAAUUAAGUAAUUAAUUAAUUGACUCUAAUUGAAUGGAAAAAUUUAUUAUUCAAUUGCACAAUUGCAACGUGAUAGUAAAAUUGUGCGCAAGUUAAUUAACAAUUAAUUUAAAAAUCUAUAAAAAAAAAAUUUUUUUCACAUUUGCUAUUUUAUACAAUAAUUAUAUGCUUCCAUUUUUAAUUUAUAUUUACAGCAUUCCGUAAUAUAAAUAUCUAUUUAUUUUUAAUUACUCUAAAUAAAUAGGCAGCUUACUAAUUAAAUUUUUUUCAGCAAUUUUUUUUUUUUAAUUUAACAUUCCGCGGUCUAAUUACUAUUUUUGUUUACCUAAUUAAUCAAAUAAUUUAUUAUUAACGACAAAGACUUACGUCUCACGCGGUGUCAAAUUUUUCGCGGUAAAGUUUAAAAAUUUCAUUUUUUUGUGAAUAUUCGCCAUACAUACACUGCAUUGUAACGUAAUUUCUAUCAUUAAUGAAUGAAAAAAAUACAAUUAAAUCAGUAAUUAAAAUAAUUAUAAUAAUAAUAUUAAUAUUUAAAAAAAAAAUAAAAAUGAAAAAAAAAAAAAAAAAUGAUGAUAUAAAAAAAUUAUAGCGUUAUAUCGUAAUUGUAAUUGUAAUGAUUAAUGAUUAAUGAUAAUAAUAUAAUGAUCGUAAUAUUAAAGAUAAAUGUUUAAUUGAUUAUUGAUGAAUCUGAAGCGCACGUAUUUAAUUAAUUCAUUUAUUACUUCAUGAUGAUGAUGAUGAUGAUAAUGAUGAUGAUGAUGAUGAUAAUGUUUAUUACUUUAGAACUCAUUGUAUUGACAUCUUGUUUUAAUUAUCUUGUGAAAGAGUGUUGUGUAAGAAUUUUAAAAGAGGAGUAAGAAAAAAAAAAACUAAAUAAAUAAAAUGAUUAAAUGUUGAAUUAAAACACAAGUCGAAUCUUACGAAGUACCACUAAGAAAUAAUAAAUAAAUUAUUGAAAUAAAAAUAAAUAAAUCUCUCAUUAUAUGAAAAUUAUGUAAUAAUUGUCCAUACAUCCUAAAAAUGU